AUGGCAGAGCAGCAAUUAAAGGCCGCCAUCCUAGUGGUCUCGGACACCGCGUCUCAGGAUUCGUCGUCGGACCGAGUUAUCGACACGCUGACCGAUGUCUUCCCGGACGGGCCUUGGGAGAAGCCAAUCACUAGAAUAGUACCGGACGAUGUACUUCAGAUCCAGCGCACUGUAUGCGAAUGGGCGGACAGCGUUAGCCCAGUCAAUCUUAUUCUUAUCAGCGGUGGUACUGGCUUUGCUGUCAAGGAUAUCACCCCCGAGGCUGUUUCGCCUCUUCUCCAUCGCCAUGCACCGGGUCUUGUACAUGGCAUGAUUGCCUCAUCGUUGAAGGUCACACCAUUCGCCAUGAUGGCUCGACCCGUCGCGGGAACAAGACACAAGUCACUUGUUAUCACACUGCCCGGCUCCCCGAAAGGUGCAAAAGAGAACCUAGAGGCUGUUAUCAAACUACUGCCUCAUGCAUGUACCCAAGCAGCUGGCGCAGAUUCGAGGACGCUCCACGCUGGAGGGGUGAAGAAGCUCGAGGCCGAAGCUGGAGUCAAGCCAGAGUCGCAUGAUCACCACCACCACCAUCACGACCAUAUCCACUCCCACUCUCACAGUCAUGGUCAUGGGCAUGUUGUCCCCCGAGCUCAUACAACCCCUUUAGAACAGCGGUCAAAUGACCCCGCAGCAGGCGCAACCCGGCGAUACCGCGAGUCACCGUACCCGAUGCUGUCUGUGGACGAAGCAUUGAAGCUGGUUCUAUCCUAUACUCCUGAUCCUGAGGUAAUCGAGGUUCCUGUAACUGUUGAUCUGGUUGGAUACGUCGUCGCGGAAGAUGUGUACGCCGCCGAGGCGGUGCCCGCAUACCUUGCAAGCAUUGUUGACGGAUAUGCUAUUAUCGCACCUAAGGCUCCUGAUGGUAGUACAAGUACAAAAGGUGUUUUUCCGGUGGCUUCCGUUACCCAUGCCAAUGAGAGCGGAGUUCUGGCACCGCUUGAGGCUGGCACCAUCGCCCGGAUAACCACCGGCGCUCCUCUUCCGCCGAAUGCAAAUGCCGUGGUCAUGGUCGAGGAUACUUUGUUAGUGUCAUCGACGCCUGAUGGCAAGGAAGAGGCAACUGUUGAGAUACUGACUGGGGAAAUAAUGGCAAAUGAGAACGUUCGCCAACCAGGAAGCGAUGUUUCUCUUGGAUCCAGAAUUCUCCAGCGGGGUGACCUUAUCACGCCUGUUGGUGGGGAGAUUGGCUUACUAGCGGCCACAGGGACAAAGACAGUUAAGGUGUUUAAGAAGCCUACUGUAGGAGUUCUAAGUACGGGUGACGAGCUUGUAGAGCACGAUGACCCUAGAACCCUGCAAGGAGGACAGAUUCGAGACUCCAACCGGCCCUCUAUCCUGUCUUGCCUGAAAUCAUGGGGUAUCCCCGCUGUCGACCUGGGAAUAGCCCGCGAUACGCCCCCAGGCGAGCUUGAACAAAGCCUCCGGGAUGCUCUCCGCGGAGUCGGGAAGUCCAGCGUUGACAUGAUCAUCACUACCGGGGGUGUCUCGAUGGGAGAGCUCGAUUUGCUUAAACCUACUAUCGAACGCUCCCUCGGCGGAACAAUCCACUUUGGCCGCGUCUCCAUGAAACCAGGCAAACCAACUACGUUUGCCACGGUGCCAUUCAAGCCGACAUCCUCCGAACGCAGAUCCAGGCUCAUCUUCUCGCUCCCGGGAAACCCGGCCUCGGCACUCGUCACCCUGAACCUCUUUGUUCUACCGUCUCUUCACAAGCUUAUUGGCCUUGGUCAGAAGCAGGUUGCGUGGGGCCUUACACCUACACUCGGAUUACCACUUGUUGCAGUAAUCUUAUCGCACUCUUUCCCGCUCGAUGCAAAACGCACCGAGUACCAUCGGGCCGUUAUCACGGCGUCUCCCAAGGAUGGACGCCUUUAUGCAACAAGCACGGGUGCGGGAGGCGUAGGACAGCGUAGCUCUCGGGUCGGAAGUCUGGCCAGUGCCAACGCUCUCCUUGUUCUUCAGCCGGGGAAGGGUUCGAUUGGGCAAGGGAGCUUGGUGGAAGCAUUGCUAAUGGGGCCUGUUGUGCGAGAAGCGGCUGCCAUUGCGGCUUCAUGA